AUUAGAUACAGCAGAGUGUUUCUGUCACUGCAAGGCAUCAGGUUCAUUAUGGACUAUGUUUAACUCUCUUGGACUUAGCUGAAGGGCAGAUUGCUCAAUUAGGCAAUUUUGAAUACUGGACUCUACUGGUACUUCACUGGACUUUGUUUUGGACUGCACUGGUUCGGCUGAACUUCCUAGGGAAUUCCACCAAAGUGCAUUAACUCCUGUUAGUUUUAUUUAACAUCUGUUGAAAUCUGCUUCACUUUGGCAGCAGUACUGGGAGACUGAGUAUGAAUGGCGUUUGACCGAUUCUGCACUGUAGAGCUAUUUGCAGGGCGUGGGCAGUCUAGGGUUAAUUAAAGUGAUCAGAUGCCAAUUUUGGACAUAUUUGCCUCAGAUUACUUUGAAUAAAGCUCUAUUACACCUGAUUAUUUAUAUAUAUACAUACAAACACAGGAUAGAAAAACUCAGGGGUGGGAACUUGCAGUAUGUCAAUUUAAUUGAGGUGUGUACAGGUUUGUUUGGUUAGGAGGUCAGAAAAGAUAAUUGGCAAUAGGUUGGGAAACUCAGUUGAAUGUUGGCCUAGUUUAAACCUUAGGUCUUGGUGGAGGAUACAAAAAAUCAUCAGGAGCAGUAGCAGCUGCAGCAGCAUGAGUCUCCUGUGUUUCCUGUGGCUGCUGAUGGUCUGUCUGGCUCCUAGUAGCCGAGGCCAGAGGCUGAGGGCGACAGAUGGGGAGCAGCCAGCAGCCAGGGGUCUGCUGGAGGAGAGAGAUGCACUCUGCUACCAGGAGGGAUGCUACACUGUCAUCCUCCAGAAGAGAACCUUCAGGGAGGCUGGACGGAGCUGCCGGGAGCAAGGUGGGACCUUGGCAACGAUGCAUACCUACGAGGCAGCGGGUGUGGUCCAUGAGCUGCUGUCAAACAUCAAGGCAGAGGGGACCAGAUCAAGGCUUCGCCUCUGGAUUGGGCUGCACAGACCUACGCGCCAGUGCUCAUCCAACCGACCUCUCAGAGGAUUCGUCUGGGUCACAGGAGACCAGGAUGGCCAGUUCAUCAACUGGCUCCGUGACGAGGCCCCUGGGACUUGUGCAGUCCCACGCUGUGUGGCCAUGACUGUCCACACUUCAGAGAGUGGACAUGAGAGCAACGAUAACUUCCGGUGGCUUGAUGGCGCCUGUGGACUCCCACUGGAUGGAUAUGUUUGCCAGUACAACUACAAAGGAAUGUGUCCACCACUGGAGGAUGAGGGGAGAGGUCCAGCUGUCUACAGCACUCCAUUUCACCUUGUCAGCACCCUGCUGACUCAUGUGCCCUAUGCGUCUGUAGCUACUCUACCAUGCCCCACAGACAGCUCAAACCCAGAUGCUGAGCAGACUGUACUAUGCAUGGAGAGAGAUGACGGUACAGUGGGCUGGUCCAGAGAUGCACCACUCUGCUUAACCACUGCAGCUCCACAGAACCAAGACUGGUGUAGCAGGGACCAUGGAUGUGAGCAGUUCUGCCAGAACACAGGUACAGGCUACUACUGUUACUGCUCUGAGGGCUUUACGAUAAAUGAGGACGGGUACACCUGCAUGCCUGACCCUCUCAGCCAAACUGACCCCCCUGAAUUAUCCUCAGUCUCUGCUGGUCCCACUGACCAGCCUCACAUCAAAAAAAUCUGUGUGGAGAUGGGGUGUGAGUACAGCUGUGUGGAGACACUUCGGGGCAUCCGCUGCACAUGUCCCCCGGGCUACCAGAUGGGUCCAGAUGGCCGCAAAUGUAUUGAUGUAGAUGAAUGUCUACAGCAACCAUGUCCACAACUCUGUGUCAAUAUCCCGGGCACCUUCCAUUGCACCUGCCACCCUGGGUACCAGCCAGAUGAUGAGGGUGAGUGUGUGGACAUUGACGAGUGCCUCGAUGAGGGCAGCUGUGAAGACAUGUGUGAGAACACUGUGGGGUCUUUCAAUUGCCUGUGUUACCCCGGGUACGAGUUGGGCAGCAGAGGAGAGUGUGUAGAUGUAGAUGAGUGUGUGGGGGAGUCACCCUGCCAGCAGCAAUGUCUCAAUUAUAUGGGAGGGUACCAGUGUUACUGUGACAAUGGCUAUGACCUGCAGUCAGAUGGACUUACCUGCCAGCCUUCACCAGAUGAUGGAGAAUACUCCACUCUGACCCCUGGCCCCAAUGACUCCACUCACCCACCUGAUGUGGACUCUAACCAUCAUAAUCCCUGGUUGACCUUGUUUACCCCUGAUCCAAAUUUUGAAACAGAUUCUAACUUUGAUGCUGACUGGCUGACAGAAGCCCCUGAAAGACUCUCUCCUGACAUUGCUCAUGGGUCAGACAACCACCUGAACCACUGGGAUGCCCUAUCACCUAAGCAAUACCAGACAGCUCCAUCCCCAACGCAAAAAUACAACACAGGUAAUGAAAUUGAUAAUGAGGCUAAGACGGGAGGUAGGGAAGCUAGUGACGGAGUGGGAACUGAGACUACAAAUGAGCCAGCUACUGGGAAUAGGGAGAAGGAGAAAUCCAAGUUGGACAGUACUGAGGAUGUCAGUGGCACAGCAGAGGUAGGAGCUGGAUCUGCUGAAGGUAAACAGAAACAUGACAAAAGCUGGCUGCUAGUGGCCCUGCUGGUGCCUCUAUGUGUGUUCCUUGUGGUGAUGCUGGCUCUGGGGAUUGUCUACUGCACCAGCUGUGCAGUGGAUAAAAGCCUGAGCUUCUCAAACUGCUAUCGCUGGAUACUCCCUACAAUGCCCCCUGACAGGAGUGAUGGCAAGACCCAAGCAUGAACUCUAAAAAUAAACAAACACAGGUGGACGCACACAUACACACAGGUGUUCAACGCCCAGAUGUCUGCUAACAUUUCUCUUGUGAUGCUGAACUGGUCACUGAAAGUACUAUUUGCAUGUAGUACAGCUGACUGGCUCUCUCCUCCAUCAAAGAAUACUUAAUACUUUCUUUUGCACACCCUUUGUAAAUAAUUCACUCUC